AAUUGAAUUUAGUCGUUUACGUCACUUUGUAGCUAUUUUCACCAAACUAAGAGCAUGUUUCGGCCUAUAGUUUCAUAUAAUACCAUUUCCAUCGAUCAACUUUAGUUGAUAAUACGUAUUGUUAAGUGCAGUAUCUUAACUAGCUACAUUUGAAAUGGUAAAUCGAAAAUAAUAUAUUUUAAAGGCAAACGCUUAUUUUCUUAUUCAACUAACGCGUUAGCUAGUUACUGACAGUUUAGACUGCUAACGUUAACUUCACACAGUACGUUAGUACACAUGGCUUCUGUCCUGAAAGUUCAAACCUUACAGGGUUUAAGAAUGUUUCAACAGAAAUUGAUAUGGACCAAAGGAUUUGUGCGGUUUGCCUCAAUUGGGCAAGGCAGGAUAGACAAAGUCCUCAUUGCCAACAGAGGAGAAAUCGCCUGUCGUGUGAUGCGAACAGCAAAGAAGAUGGGUGUGCGCUCUGUGGCAGUAUACAGUGAUGCAGAUCGUCAUUCCAUGCAUGUGGCCAUGGCAGAUGAGGCCUAUAACAUUGGGCCGCAGAGUUACUUGUCCAUGGAGAAAGUCUUGGAGGUUGCCAAGAGAUCUGGAUCACAUGCUGUCCACCCAGGAUAUGGCUUCAUGUCAGAGAACACAGAGUUUGCUGAGGCAUGCAAACAGGAGGGUAUCAUCUUUAUUGGCCCUCCAUCAUCUGCUAUCAGAGACAUGGGUAUCAAAAGUACAUCAAAAUACAUAAUGUCAGCUGCGGGUGUUCCUAUCAUCGAGGGUUACCACGGAGAGGACCAAUCGGAUGAGAAGCUCCAAGCUGAGGCUGUCAGGAUAGGCUACCCAGUGAUGAUAAAGGCUGUGCGUGGCGGGGGUGGUAAAGGAAUGCGCAUUGCACACACCGCUGAAGACUUCCAUGAGCAGCUUGUGUCUGCAAGACGAGAGGCUCGCAAGUCCUUCAAUGAUGAUGUCAUGCUAGUGGAGAAAUUUGUAGAGGACCCCAGACAUGUGGAGGUCCAGGUUUUUGGGGACCAGCAUGGAAAUGCUGUCUACCUGUUUGAGAGGGACUGCAGUGUGCAGAGAAGGCACCAGAAGAUCAUUGAGGAAGCACCAGGGCCUGGAAUUAGCGAGGAGGUGAGGCGGAAACUGGGUGAGGCAGCCGUGAGAGCAGCCAAAGCCGUCAACUAUGUGGGAGCAGGCACUGUGGAGUUCAUCAUGGAUGCACAGCACAACUUCUUCUUCAUGGAGAUGAACACGCGUCUGCAGGUGGAGCACCCUGUGUCUGAGAUGAUCACUGGUACUGACCUGGUGGAGUGGCAGCUCAGGGUGGCUGCAGGCGAGAGGCUGCCCCUCCUGCAGGAGGAGAUAGAACUGAUGGGCCAUUCGUUUGAGGCCAGGAUAUACGCUGAAGACCCCAACAACGACUUCCUCCCUGGGGCAGGACCCCUCCUUCAUCUGUCUACACCCCUGGCAGACGAGUGCACACGCAUCGAGACAGGCGUCAGGGAAGGAGAUGAAGUGUCAGCCCACUACGACCCCAUGAUCGCUAAACUGGUGGUGUGGGGAGAGGACCGCUCUGCUGCUCUGAGGAAGCUCAGAUACUGCUUACGCCAGUACAACAUUGUAGGCCUCAACACCAAUAUUGACUUCCUGCUGAGUCUGUCUGGCCACCCAGAGUUUGAGGCGGGGAAUGUGACCACCAGCUUCAUCCCCCAGCAUUAUGAGCAGCUGUUCCCCAAGCCCAGCCCUCCCUCCAGGGCCACACUGUGUCAGGCUGCCCUGGGCCUGCUGCUCAGAGAGAGGGCCAGCACUCGAACCUUCAGAGACCAGUCCAACGAUCCCUUCUCUCCUUUUGCCUCCAGUAACGGCAGGAGGGUGAACAUCCUAUAUAGUAGGAAUAUGACGCUCCAGCUGGGUGAAACUAAAGUGGAAUUAACAGUUACAUACAAUCCAGAUGGGACCUACUCUAUGGAGAUUGGAGGGGAAGUGUUCCAGGUGUCAGGGGAGGUGGAGACAGAGGGACAGACAUCAUUCCUGCACUGCUCUUUGAACGGGGUGAAGUCCCGGCCCAAACUGGUCAUCCUGGAUAACACAGUACACCUAUUCUCUAUGGAGGGUAGUGCGGAGGUGAGCAUUCCAGUGCCCAAGUUCCUGGCUGGUGUGAGCACAGGUGCACAGGGAGGAGCUGUGGCACCCAUGACCGGGACCAUUGAGAAGGUGCUGGUGAAGGCAGGAGCCACAGUGGAGAUGGGAGACUCCUUGAUGGUGAUGAAUGCCAUGAAAAUGGAGCACACCAUCCGAGCACCCAAAGCUGGAGUCAUCAAGAAGGUGUUUUUCAAGGAGGGCUCCCAGGCCAACCGACACGCAGCCCUGGUAGAGUUUGAGGAGGAAUAAUCUCAAUCUAAUCCUCAUGUGUGAAUAUCUAUUUGUGAACUUUGAGACUGUAAGAGUUACUGUAGAAAUCAAAUGAAAAAGGCAUUUUAAAAUUCAACCAGAAGGGUUGAUGCAUUUUCUAUAGGAGUAGCAAACUGCUGUACAAUCCUAAGGGAACACACUACAGGUCUAUGUGGAUCACACUGUACAGUUGCCAGAAAAUUGCCUUCAUGUUUUGUGGCAGAAAUGUGUAGAUAUUCAACAAUACUGGUAUAUUUGCUUAGGUUUUUUUUCUAAUCCAAAUUUUCUGAUGGCUGUGUAGAAGUCUGGCUUUUGUACUAUUCUCUGCAAAGUGCUCUUGCAGUUUUUCUCUUUGCAGACUGCCAUCAUUGAAGUCGUUUGUGGUGUUGUCAAAAUGAAGGGUGAUAAAAAAAACUGUGAUUGGUUAGAGAAGAACCAAUCAGAAUUUUCUAAAUGUCACUUUACCAUCAGUUUCUGGGACCAAUCAGACGGUCUAGAAUGGAUUUCCAUUCGGGGAGUUACUCAGAUCGACUCAUUGUGGAGAAGAAACUAACGUCCAUGAGCAUGGCGUAGCAUUUGGCCAGAGCAAGGAAUUUGGGUAGCCAGGCAAUUUUCUUCUAGCUUCAGUUUUGUACAUGCUGCCACAUCUUCUAUAGCCUGGUCCCAGAUCUGUUUGUACUCAUUGUCAACUUGGCAUGAUAUCACAAACAGACUGGCACUCAGGCUACAUUUUAGUCUUGGAAAUCCCAGACAUAGGGCAACAUUGUGGGAGCCAACCAGUCUGUCUGGGAGACUAGCUACGUCUCAUGAUUCAAUCCAGGCUGUGAAAUUACAGUAAGGGCUAUUCACUGAUAACUGCCUACCUUGUGGUUACUUUAGUCCAUAAAACUAAUACCAUGGAAGAGAUGGCCUAUCAUCAAACUCUUCUCACGUAUCGAUUGACCAUCAAAUAACCAAUUUGAGAGAAGGGUGGCGCUGAAAUCAGUCAGGUUAUAAAGUGUUGAAUCCCUCCAAGCACACACUCCUGACAACUUAUUAUGAAUGUCUGCUAACCUGUGUGCUGUCAUCCAUUCAAUAGUGAGCCUAAUUGUUAUUGAUGUGUUCAAUUUGUAAUUAGUGUUGCCAAAUUACAUUUUUCUAAAAGAUAAUUUUGUAGCUGUAUAGAGGUAUAUUACUAUGCUAGUGCUAUCGAAGGUUCACAGUAGUGUGUGUGUGAACAUUUGUUGCAUACACAUUCUGCUGGAAAGGACAAAAGUUACACAUGCUUUUUAAAAACAUAUUUAUUCCGUAAAUAGAAUUUGCUUUAAACAUCAACCAUUUCACUGACAGGAGUACAAUAACAUACCUUUUUUUCUUUUUUCAAUGAACAUGAUCAAGAGAAAAACAGCUUCACAUCAAUGUCCUUGUAGAGAUGCCUUCAUAAAUUGAUUGAAAUGUGACAUCUGAACUAGAUGCAUUUAUAUAUCAAAACUGAGUAACAACUGUAGCAAACAAGUACAAUCAAAGUAUACUUCAUCAGAUAUGACCAAGAUCAAUAGUAGUGCCAGAUAUAAUUACGAAUAUUGGUACCAUGCAAAUAAAUAUCAAGCUCCACUGACUUCUUGGACAAGUGUCUCCCAUUUCAAGCUACUGAGAGGUAUGUAACGGCUAAAAAUAGUAACCAUACAUAAUCAUGGGAUUUUAUAUCUCGGCAAUAUUCUAAUAAAUAUGUAUGCUGAUGUGCAUAAUGUCACUGUCAUUGAUAGCAAGUUUAAAAUGGUUGUCUCAAUGACCCUCUUGACUCAGGCAUUUCCAUUAUUGUGGGCUAAAGGCCGCUAAAGAGGAUACAGAGAGCUAAAGCAGUUGCGUUCAGUCCGUGAGGCUCUCUCGCCUGCCCUAUUACCAGUAAUAUGAUGGAAAUAAAUACAAACAUUAACAAGUGGUUAGUAAGAGGGGGGAAAAGACUAACAAAAUAAAUGAAAACAUGAUUGGCAAUGAUUAGUGAAAGGCAAACAAAAACAAUUUGUGGCUUUGAAAACAACUAGAUGUGAAAGCUAUGUCAUCUUGGCAGCUAUUAUUUCAUAUCUGGGUUGUUCCACGAAAAGAGUGCCUUUUGCGACCCUUUGAUAUUGUGCACCAAUUUGUUAUAUUAAAUGAAGUGCCCUUUAAUAUGGAAAAUUCAAUAAAUCUGAUUUUAUUUUGAAUAAAGACUUGCUAAAGUGCCAAAAUUAAGCAUUUAGACAUGUCCCUCUGCACCCUCUAAGAUGAUUUUAACCCACUUAACCUGAAUAUUUCUCAAAUUUUUACCAUCAUUGUAAAUGUUCUCUUUUUUAGUUGCUUUGCAUUUCUGAAAACUAUUUUAUGUUAUCAGUGAUUAAUUAAAUAAAAAAAUAAAAACAG